AUGUCAACAAACUCGCCCAAAGUACAAUUAUCACACACCACCACCACCACCACUACACGCCUUCUCACACGCUCCCAAGUCCAAUCCUGUCUCUCCUUUGAAGGUGCCAUGAAAGCCAAUCGAACACUCUUUCAAUCCUCAGAUCUCAACGCUCAUCUCAUUCCCAUCCGAACUGUUUUGGAUAUUCCACAGAAUGGUCCAACUCUCUUCAUGCCUUGUUUUUUGAAUCAAAAGGAUCAUGAUGAUCGGACCGAUCACGACGACAACACUCAUUUAGGAAUUAAAAUUGUUUCUGUUCGAAAGGAUAAUCCCAUCAAAUUUUCAAGAGAUUCCAUCACAGGAUCGAUCCUGCUAUUGAAUGAAUGUAAUGGAGCACUUCAGUGUGUCAUGCAUGCUGGAGAUAUCACUGCUGUGCGAACUGCUUGUGGAUCAGCCUUAUGUGUGGAAAGAAUUUUAAAUGUUCAUCAUCAACAUGCAAUUAGCAGUUGCAUCUUCCAACAUGAAGAUCAAAAGAAGAAAAAGGAAUUUAAAGUGUUGGGAAUUUUUGGAUGUGGAUUGCAAGGAAAAGCGCAUGUAAUGGCAGUGUUACGAGUGGCACUCGAGGUGAAUAAGGUCAUUCUUUGGAAUCCCAGUUUGGAAAGAGCUCAAAAAUUGAAACAUUAUUUAUUGGAGGAAUUUGUUUCUUCACAAGAUUUACCUUUUUCAUUUGUUGCAGAAUCUUGUGAUCAUCAUCAUAAUUCACAAAAACACUCUUCAUCUUUGAGAAAUAUUGAAAUUGAAAUUAUUACCAAUGCCAAUGAAGCUGUUCAACGAUGUGAUAUUAUUUGUUGUUGCACCAAUGCUUCAAAACCAUUCUUUUCCUCAGAAAAUGUCAAAGAAGGAAGUAUUAUUACCUGUAUUGGAUCCUACAAACCUCACAUGCAAGAAAUUGAUAGUGAUUUAAUUAGGAAAGGAAAAGUAAUUGCUGAUUUGGUUAAGGCAGUGAUGGAAGAAGCUGGAGAUUUAAUCGUUCCUCUCAAGGAAGGUAAAAUUUCACACGACCAUGUGGUGUGUGGAUUGAGUGAUUUUUUGAAAUUUUCUAAUGAAGACAUUACAAAAACAUUUAACAUUGGAAAAGAUAUUAUUAUUUAUAAGAGUGUUGGAUUCGCUGGUCAGGACAUUUGUGUCGCCAAAGAUAUCUAUGAGAGAGCUGUAAUAUUGAAUAUUGGUACUUGUGUGGAUAUGGAGCAAUAA